AGUCCCUAAGGGGUAUACCUGUGUGUGGAGAUGAAGUCAGCGUCCAGCAUUGAAACGCUGGGCUUUUUGUCUGGAUGUGUGGCUGAAGUAGACUCGUGAAUCCAGAGGUGUGCUGCUGUUCACUGUCACACUCACAUCACAGCCACUAACUGCACGACCCACACCGGAGAGAAGCAGGGACGUUGUUAGCAAGCACCGCAGCUAGCUAACAAAUGAGCCCGUGUCUGGUCUGAGCUGCUCCGGGGCCGAGUCGACCACAAGUCGAGGUUAGUUAGGACCAGAAGCUCUGUGCUGAGAGGAAGCUUUGGCUUCAGGUGGAGAAAUCAACUUCGUGAAGCAAGAUCGUGGCUGUAUUUGGGCUCACAUCGGAUGGAGGACAAAUUCACUGCCAUCAUCAAACCAGCUGAUUUUGAACAUUCAGCUACUAUGCCCUCUGCUGAACUGCGUUCAUAAGUGUAGCAGCCAUGGCUUCUCUCAAGGUAGACGAGCUACCUGGAGACACCAAGGAUUUAGCUACAGUCUCUGGACAGGUCUCCCGCUGUGGCCCCGAUGACAUCAUGGAAGAGAUUCAGUCGGACGCACUGAAUGCCACGGUGAAACCUCAAAAAUCUGGGAAAUUUAGGAGGACUGCCCUGACAUUUUUUGGAGUUCGUAAAAGCAUCUGUAUUUUACCAAGUUUUUUUAGUGGAAGGAGUAAAAAUCAGAACAAGUGGUCCUCUAAGAAAGGAAUCCCCAAGAGCAGAACACACGAUGGGCUGAGUAAGGUUAGUCAUGAUGACAGUCUGAGAGGUAAAUACACCUCAGCUGGAGACUCUGAAUACCACAGCCAGAGGGACUGUUCUGGAGAGCUCCGCAGUCACUGCCACAAUGAAUGUAGUCACCCCACUGCUGACCAGAAAUCAUUGACACUCGGCCGGCAGAAAAAGGGUUUGAGGAGUCUGUUUCACAGUUUUAAGCAUCACAGAAACCAUAGAAAUUUUGGAUUGGAUAAAACUGAGAUGAUUGCAAUGUCAACCCCUCACUGCAACAAGGAGGUGCCUGUUGUCCAGGACAACACCAAGCUGUAUGUCACAGAGUGCCUGGGAUCUGAACCUGAUGUGCCUGAUUUUGCAGAUGUUCUAUGUGAUAUUUCCAUUGGUCCUGAAUGUAGUGAUGUUGAUGCUACGGCAUUAGAGAAGAGUGUGGGGCAAAAAAGCCCAAGGUCUGAGCUUGAUGAUCAGAUGUGUGAUGAUCACAUGGAGGAAAUGAAUUUGAUGGCUGUAGUUUCCAGUGAUAAUGAGGAGACUCCUCGAGGACACAGCAAGCCUUGCCUCAAACUUCAGAUGACAUCUGAGCCUGAAUUGAAGUCUGAAACAGCUGCUGGUUCUGCGGAUCAGCUAAACCUGAUUUUUGGAGACGUUGCAUCAUUGAAGAGCUUUGAUUCGCUCACUGGCUGUGGGGACAUUAUUGCAGAUCAAGAAGAUGACAGCAUCACAGAGAGCACAGUCUCUGGAGAAAGGAGCAGAAAUGGAGGAAAGAGGGCCUCUUGUUAUCUCACUUAUCAGGGCGGCGGUGAAGAAAUGGCCUCACCUGAAAAUCUGGACGAAGAGUGUCUUCAAGAUAUCUGGGGAAAUGAUGCUUCAGAAGAAAUCUGCUGCACUUGCAACCAAGACCACACAGAUAUGACUGCUGAGCUGACGAGCUCUCACAAUAUGGACUUAUUGAACAGUAACAGUGUACAGCAAGCCAGUGGCAUGGACACCUCUUCCAUUGCUGAUGUGUUAACUCCUCAAAGUGAGCAUCAAGAAUCCGUUCCCAACAGUGAUGAGGGCUACUAUGACUCAACAACCCCGGGGCCAGAUGAAGGGCAGGAAAAAAGUGACAGACUGAGGACAGAGAGAUUACCCAGGGACAGUUACAGCGGUGAUGCUCUCUACGAACUUUUUGCACCUGAUGAGAGUCUCAUCAGUCCACAUUAUGAAAAUAAAUCUAAACUGCCUGGGUCAAAACAGUGCGAGUAUUUAAGUGAUCCAGUUGAUGUGACAGAUUCUGCCUUUGUGCCAGAAAUGAAUCGAUUGCAAAUAAGUGCUGAACUGUAUGAGGUUCACGAUUUUCUAGAGAACAGUAAAUCCCCGGAGCUGGCUCAAAAUGUGUUUGUUCGGCAAGAAAUCGGCUUGAAUAAAAACUGUAAUUUGAAUUCAAAACCGCAAGCAACAGGCAACAAGAGUAAUGUAGAGCCGGAUGUGUUUGAUGAAAAGGGAAAUAUGCCUCCUUCUACAGAAAAAAGAACAAAAUCCAUUGAUGCUGACUGUGAGAAAAGGCAUAGCAGCGUGUCAUUCGGAAGCACAUCUGACCCCAAUUUUGAAACUUUUUGUGAACCCAAAGAGCAACAUAUUGAGGAAAACAAGCCUGUGGCUUUACCGUACAGAAAUAUCAAUUCUCAGUCUCCAGACUGUAACAAUGAUAUGGAUGAUGGGCAAACUGUGUGUUUCUCACAAGCACUUGUGGACUACACAAAACAUUCGCAGAUGCUGAGUAACUUGCACAACAGUGUGGAUGAUUUGGAGUCAAACUCUGCCUUCACUCCAAAUAUGGAGGCCUUACCUACUAUAGUCACAUUUGAUGUAGUGGAUAUGCAUAAUGAGGGUGAAUAUGACGAGCAGAUUCACAUGGAACUAGAGGAGGACAUUUCAUCGCCCUAUCAGGAAUUUGAAGAGAGCUACCUACAGAAGGAUGCAUUUGCUGAACUUGACUAUCAAAUGUUAGACCUGUACGAACAGAACCUGAUCAGUAACACAUGGGCAAUAGCUAGUCUCCCACGGCACCUUGGCCUUACAAGAGUCAGCCAGUCCAUGUCUAAUCCAUUGUCUCUAGACAGGAGAAGUAGGUCUCUAGACACAGAGAGCCUCGAGUUGAAGAUGCCUGACACAUACAGAGAGGAAAGAGCUACUAUGGUUUCUUGUUCUCAAACUGAAAAGGACUCUGAAAGAGACUCACCAUAUUACAAAAAGAAUGUACUCAUGUCUGCAUCGGACAUUAAAGACAGUAGUAGCAUUAUGGCCUUAUCAUGGCAAACAAGGUCAGAAAUGGCUUUAAGCCUUCCCCUGGCAGAUGGGGAAAUCACUGAAAAAGUACAAAGUGUGAGUCAAGCCCAAGUGAAACACAAAAUAUUUUCUACUUCAUCCGGCGGUGAAUUUUCUGAAGGUAAAUCACAACGUCUCUGCUCUGAUGUGUCAGACAGAGUGUCCUGUGAUUUAAUGUCUCAGAGUGCAGAACUCUACAAGAGACAGUGUCACCUUCCUUUACAAUCAGACUCUCGUUUACCUCAUAGCACCUUUGUUUAUCCUGGAAUGGUGGAGGAGGUAUUGGAUGAUAUUGACGAUGAUGUUUUUUGUAAAGCUGCCACUGAUUUGCGGCCCUACAACCAGUGUGAUCAAAGCAGACCAGCGGCUAACAGGGAGGGAACAUCUCAUACUGGGAGUCCUUUAAACACAGGUGUGAAGGAUGAAAUGGCCGUCCUCAGUGAAACAAGAACGCCCAGGGAGGUAGCCUGCAACAAACACCCCGAGAUAACCUUUAAUUGAAAGGCUAUUAGUCAUGCAGUUGGCUUUAAGAUCACAUGUAUAUGUGCCAAUGAGUGCUUUUAUGUUCCACCCAAAGGAGUAACUGUUGCUUCAUUUUUACUUGCACAACUGAUUCCUUUGAGAAGUAGCAGUAAACUGUGAUAGACAGGACACUAAUGAAAACGUGAAGUUGGUGCAUCAUGCUGCGUCAUCUACAACAAUGUCUUAUUGGGAAGUGGAAAGGGAUUUUCUGCAUUUGCACAGUAACAGUUGCUUGUCUCUCACUGAUCACAUACUGUCAAUUCACUGAAGGUAUUUAAGGGAGUAAAUGUUUGAUUUGCAUUUGAAUUGCUCACAGAUUCAUCUCAUUAAGCUGUUGAAUAUUACUAGAAUGUGUUUAUUCAUAUGUAGCCUCAGUAUCCAGGUCUCAAUAGUAAUGCCACACUUAGAUUAUUAUUAGCCUGGUUUCCAUAGCACAGCUGAACAGUGCUAGCCAAACUUGCUUACUUUGCCAGUUGCCUCUGAACACAUGUAUGCUCAUGCUUUAAGUGCCAGCUUAUGUCUGUGUUUACUGCUUUUUCACAGCCUCUGUUUGCUCCAGUAAGGUUAAUGUGAGCCUGUCAUGAUGGAGGUUUCUACCUGUUUUCUUGGUUUACCUAAUUUCAGACCAGAUUGGGUUUAGGAAGCAAAAUGACGACGAGUAUCUCAGAGGGGAGUAUCUCACCAUAGAAAACAUGUCUCUUUAUCUUCAUGGGUUAUAUUUGAAAUGAAUUAAGCUAAAUUAAUCUUUAACAGGAAAUGUCCAGAUGGGCUGUUGUUUCAUUUACAUACUGUAGACAGCUGUGCAAGGCAAGGCCACUUUAUUUGUGUUGCACAUUUUACGUACAGUUCCUCUGGGUAUGAAAGUGCUUUACAUGAGACAUAUAGGAAACAGUCAGAGUGAAAUAUCUACAAAAUGGUAAAUCAAAACAAAUCAAAGAAAAAAAAAACUAAUAGUUAUCAUUUGUUUCUCACCAGACAGUUUGGCCUCUCUGUAGUUGCUGUUUUUCUUUGGUCCUAUUUUCCAGCAGUUGAGUGACCUGUGAAGUGCAGAAUUCUUACUGAUGAUGCACUCCAUUAUUGUGUUACUGUACCUUAAUGAAAAAUCUGUUUGAUUUAGUUUUGGAGUUGAAAUGAUAUGUUAAAAAAGAUAAACUGGUAUCAUUUUCUUGUGAAUUUAAUGUUUGAUUGGUCAGAGGUUAAAGUGUCAGAUCAUGUAGUUUUUUAUGGCGUAAUAUUGAACAAAUGUCAAAACAUGUAUUUAUAUUAUCAGCUAUUUGUAUACUGUAACAUUGUAUUUAGAAUGGUUAUUACAAAUUGGCAAUAUUGAUUUGUUUAAGUUUUCUUAUUUUAAUUUUCCAUUUUUUUUAAUUGUCUGAAAGUUAAUCCAUGUUAUACUACAGGAGUCAUCAGUCUGUUACAGUCUAUCAGAGUAGAACACUGCCUUACACUAAAAUAAACAUGACAAGACAUCA